GGCCAGUCUGCCAGUUUGGCCAGGCGCAACCAUGGCCCCGCCGGCUCCCGCCAUCAACAAAAAUUCGAGGGCACAAAAGCAAGGAGACAGGACCCACUUGGUGCCAGACAAUUCCCUCCCGACCCCACUGCCCACCACACAAGGUUUCCUACCACAUCGGCCAACAUCAUCAGCGUCAGCCUCCAUCCACAAAACUUCACCCCGUCCAACCCGACAACAGCCAGUUCUUGCUGCCCCCUUUCCUGCCGACACUGCAUCACACUGCACCCAGAAACUUCACCGCUCAGGCUCUAUACACAAUCGGCACAAACCGCGCCGGUGACUCAAUCUCUUCCCACCGCUGUCCAGCUGCAGGUACGUUGUGUCCAGGAACGGAAACACAGCCCACAGUCUCUGCACCCGAUCGCGAUCCCCCUUAGGCAUCAAGCAUUUUGCCCCCCCCCCCCCAGGCGACAACAGUCCUCGCGACGUGCCAUCUUCAUCCAUCUACACCACCACCCAUCUGGCCUUCGCCGUCCAGACAUCGCUCACAAAUCCUAUCCUCUCCCUGCUCCCCGUCUCACCAGCAACAAAAUCCCAUCAUCUCCUCAUCGCGCACUACCGACCUCCAAACCCCCCAGAACAUCCUCGUUCGGACUGCCUUUGGUCUAACAAAGGCUCGUCGCAAAGACGGCUUCCUCGGCCGUAGCUUUCGUAUCUGACCAAGAUUUCGCUCACCGGAAGCCUUUCCACAUCCUCUGCGUGGUUCCACCUCCACCUGCUGAAGUCUACUAAAGGCCCCGAGUCUUUGCCGUUUUUCGACUUCCCGCACCACAAACCGGACCCCGAGUUCACCCCCCAAUCUAAGCUGCCGAAUAAGAGUCUUCUAGAGACCCUCUCUCUUACGGAGGGAGAGUCGCGGAGGCCUCGCCAAUCAAUCCAGGGAACAGUUUGCUACCGUUUCCGACCCCCCUAACACCAGUCUCGUUCCUCGAGCCUCCUUAAAUCAACAACGGUCAAUCCUCAAACGGACCACCACCCAAGACCACACAUCGCGUCUGUCGGGCUCAGCAUCAGUCCCUCCAACAAGAGUCGGGAUAUGGUUAUGGCAAUUACCCUCGUCGAUACAAUCUCACCCAUUGACUACAUCAAUAAUCGGAUCUUUCCGACAAAGUCCAUCAAAGACCAUGGCGAUGUAUUCAACAAUGACGACGAUGCCAACUAUGGCCGUGUCACUCCCAAGCAGCUGAUUGGUGACGCCCUGCGCCAGCGCGUCGAGAACAUCGACCACGAGUUCUGCGAGCCUGGCGAUGAGGAUACCUUCUUCGUGGCUGACCUCGGCGAGGUCUACCGCCAGCACCUGCGGUGGAAGCUGAACCUCCCGCGCGUCAAGCCCUUCUACGCCGUCAAGUGCAACCCGGACCCCCAGCUUCUGCGCCUCCUGGCCAGCCUGGGCAACGGCUUCGACUGUGCUUCCAAGACCGAGAUCGAACAGGUGCUUGACCUGGGCGUUAGCCCUGACCGGAUCAUCUACGCACAGCCCUGCAAGACCAACUCUUACGUGCGCUACGUCGCCAACGCUGGUGUCCGCCAGAUGACCUUUGACAAUGCCGACGAGCUGCGCAAGAUCGCCAAGCUGUUCCCGGGGGCUGAGCUCUUCCUGCGCAUCCACACCGAUGACUCUUCCAGCCUGUGCCGCCUGAGCCUCAAGUUUGGUGCGUCCAUGGAUAUGACCGACGGCCUGCUGCGCACCGCGCAGGAGCUCGGUCUCAACGUUGUCGGCGUGAGCUUCCACGUCGGGUCCGGGGCUUCCGACCCCAGGGCAUUCCUCAAGGCCGUGCAAGACGCCCACACCGUCUUCCAGCAGGGCGCCGCGUACGGCUUCGACAUGAAGACCCUGGACGUGGGUGGCGGCUUCUGCAGCGACUCGACCUUUGAGGGAAUGGCUGGCGUUCUCCGCGCGGCACUCGACGAGUACUUCCCGGCGCACUCGGGCAUCAACCUGAUCGCUGAGCCUGGCCGGUUCUACGCCUCCACGGCUUUCACGCUGGCCUGCAACAUCAUUGCGAGGCGGACCGUCGAGAACCAGCCAGGUGAUGACAACAGCUACAUGGUCUAUGUCAACGAUGGCGUCUACGGCAACUUCAGCAGCAUCAUGUUCGACCACCAGAACCCCGUGGCCCAUGUUCUGCAGGCCGGAGGCCGCAACUAUUACAACACCAUCGAGGGUCGACCCGUCGAGGGUGGCGGGAUGGAAUACAGCAUCUGGGGCCCGACUUGUGACGGCAUUGACCGCAUCAGCGAGAGCAUUCGUUUCAACCAGACGCUGGAUGUCGGCGACUGGCUGUACUUUGAGGAUAUGGGCGCUUACACCAAGUGCUCUGCCACUCGCUUCAAUGGUUUCUCGGACAAUCACGAUGUGAUCUACGUCUGCAGCGAGCCUGGUGCUUUGGCAGCCCUUGAAAAUGCCAUUUUAGCCGGCACCAGCGGUCAGGAAGCGGACAUGAAUCAUACAAAAAAAAAACCAGGUGUGAAUAUUGGACAGGAGUGAAAAAAAUACUGAAAACAGGAAGUAUUCUUUGCGGCGAGCAGUAAUUUGGAGGAAUGGGCGGGCCUUUUGCUUUCUAGAAUUGUUGCGUUGAUAGACGAUUCCCAGCGAAUCAUUCACAAUCUUUGCAUACAAUAUACACAUGUUACCUUCCG